AAAGAAAGGAAGGAAGGAAGGAAGAAAUCUGGUGCAAAGGCGAGCCCAUUACAAGGAUGACAGGUGUGCUGUUAAGUUUGGUGUUGACUUCCUUAUACUUGCUUCAAGCUUCAGACAGCAUCGACAUUCAGCCAGACCUCGAUGUUCAAAAGGUAACAGCUCUUGUGCCUUACAAAUGCCAGUUUUGCAGGACUGUGGCAACAAGAUAAGUGUUCAAUUUCUCCCUUUACUGCAACAGUUCAAGGCGUCAAGUCAAUAGCGAGGCAAUAAUUUGGCACUGCCAUUUGGGGGCCUUGAAUUUUGGGGCACAAUGCCCACCUGCCUUUGGCUGCUUGCCUGAAAGUAGAAUCAGAUAGAAUCAGAAUCAGAAGAAUCUUUAUUUGCGUCAGUCACUAGUCAUAGCAAUAAAAUAAAAUAAAAUGUACAGAAGAAAGAGGUAAAAACUUAACUAUACAAAAUAUAUUUUGGAGGUUUACAUCAAUAAUCAAAUAAUAGAUCUUAUUCUAAUUGCCCCCGCUAAAAACCUUGCAGUUUUUGCUGUCAUCUUGAUCAUCUAAAAGAAAGGACACAGUUGCAAUGGUUAAGCGACCAGGCAUAGACAAUAAUAGAGGAAUAAUGACUUCACUCCUCAAAUCAUUAUAAAUAGAAUGCAAGUACAUGAGCCACUGACUCAAUACUGCCAUCUCCACCUGGAUAUAACCAUUUUUCCAGUGGAAUUUUUUGAAAUUGACCCUCAAGUACAGUCGUAGACAGUAUAUUCAAUCUUGCAAAAGUGAAAGCGUGUCUGUAUUUUGGAAUUGUUAAAUUUUGCAGAAUAGGGUGCCAAAAUGUCAAGGUGGAAAAUAAUCAUACCAUGGAUAAAAUGUCCUUAUUGUGGCCAAAUUAUUCAGUCGCUCGAUAUUAUAUUAAAUUAUUUGCUUUACUGAAGCCCAGUGUUAAUAACUGUUCUGGUGAUAAACCAGAAAAGUAAAGCUUUUGGUUGACAAUUUUAGUCCCAGCGCUCUCAUGACAAUCUUGUGAUACAAAGUGUAGUAGACCAGUGGGGUUUAAAUUUAGGCAAAGCCAAUAAAUAAAUGUCCUACACCAAAUCUGUAAUUCUAAGUGCAAUGAAGCAUUUGGAACAAAGAAUGGAACAGAAAAAAGUUGCUUUAGGAUCUUAGAUUGAACAUUCAUGUGCCUCUUGUGGCUGAUUUGUGAUCUCAGACUAAAGCAGCAUUUCAUUUCUCUUCUCUUCUCUUCUCUUCUCUUCUCUUCUCUUCUCUUCUCUUCUCUUCUCUUCUCUUCUCUUCUCUCUGCUACGCAACCACAGCAUGAUGUCAGAAGGAGAUGCGUCUACAUGGCAUCUUCCUCCACAUCAUUGCACAGUAAUCUUUAUUGCUUUUCAAAUAACACACAACUGAAACAAAGCAAAACCUAUCUAUAAUGUGAAGGGUAAAAGUGCUGUGAUGCAGAAGAGUAGAAACACAGUUUUACACUUUUCACAUAUUUUUUCUGGGAAGAGAAAAAGACCACAUUUCCAGUAACUGUAAACUCUGUGAUAGAUAGAAAGAGGGAGGGACACUGAAAUUGUGGUGCUGUGUGUGUAUGUGUGCUGGACACACACGAGAGAGAGAGAGAGAGAGAGAGAGAGAGAGAGAGAGAGAGAGAGAUUAGUGGAUAAGUGACACGCAGUGGCCCUUACCUACCUCUGGUUGGAGAGCUGUAAAAAUUCCCUUUAUUGCCAUGGCUGAAAAAUACAUAAAUCCUAAAACAGGCCACCACAUCAGUGACGCCAUUUUCCCUUUGUACAGAGGAUCCAAGAAGGUCAUAAGCUAUGUGAGAGAGUUCUGUUUGCAUCCUCUGAUUCUUCCAAGCUAAGGUAUCUUACACUAGUCGAGGUGCCUUAAGGAAAGGGGGGAAAAACAGAGUGGGCAUUGCUGCCUGGAGUGAUGCGAGUGGAAAGAUGAUCAUUUCCCUCCAUGCAUUUCUGAAAAAAACACACUAUACCAACUUCUUUUUCUAGUUGGCUGGAAGAUGGACUCUCGUUGCACUGGUGCUAGAUAGAGGUGAGCCAACGCAUUACAACAGACAUCUUAUUACAGUGGAACCUGAAAACAAUGGAGAAAUGGUUUAUGUAGCAGAGGCUUAUCAGUAAGUUCUCUUGGAUUACUUUGAUCACUACCUUUCUUUGUGCUUCAAGAUUCAUGAAUACACAUUUCGAAGUGGGGUAAUCAUUAAAAUUUUAGAGUCUUGACAGCUGCAAUUCUGCAAGUUUGUAGGGACAGAAUAUUAUGCAUGUUGAAAGAAGAUAUGUUCAUGCACCUUCCUACCACCCCUGAAUCCUUCUCUUUUGAUUUUGAUGGCACAAGGUUUUCUGUGUGGGGUUCCCCAUUAGCCAUCACAGUCUCCAGAACUCUAUUCCCCAGGCAGCUACUUGUUUUGCCCAUCAUGUUGGGCAAGGAAUCAAUACCUGGAGAGUUGGAGACACCCCCCCCAUGACCCUCCAGGUCAGAGGAUGUGAUGUUGCUGGAGUUGUCAGGCUCAGAAAUAUACGCUUUCUAGGCUGUCCUUCUCACCUCCUUCCUGUAAGAGCAAGCAGAUGUAGAAUAGGGCAAUAGGCCUUUAGAUAAUGUACAGUACACUGUCUGUUGGCUCCACACCUUCUCAAGAGAUAUCAGACCAGCCUGUCAUAAUAAGGCCUCAGAAGGCAUCAGCAUGCCUGAUUCUGAGAGAACUCUGGGCAAACAUGCCAAAGAAAAGUUCUCCAAGGUCCUGCCCAGCAAUUUCCCACAUUGGAUUGGACUUAUUGACUCAUCUGGACUCUCACGCUUUACCAGAUACCCAACCCCCAAGAACUUAGCCCAAAAGUAGCAAGAACACUCAGGAGCAUUUCAUUUGCUGUGGAACCAUCUCAGAGCUUCAUAGUCAAGAAACACCUGGUGCCCUCUAGAUCAGUGGUUCUCAACCUUGGGUCCCCAGAUGUUUUUGGCCUACAACUCCCAUGAUCCCUAGCUCACAGGACCAGUGGUCAGGGAGGAUGGGAGUUGUAGGCCAAAAACACCUGGGGACCCAAGGUUGAGAAAGGCUGCUCUAGAUGUUUUGGACUACAGUCCCUAUCAACCCCAACCAGUCCAGUCAUGUUCUUAUUAGUUUCUGUAUCAUGCAGCCAUACUGGCUGGGGCUGCUGAAGUUUAGUCUAGAACAUUGGGGGGGCACCGGAUUGGCAAGGAUUUCCCUACAUAGACUCACAAGACUUCCCUAGGCCAGAAUUUCAGUUGGUUCAGGCAUGGAUGGGGUGGGAGGAUGUUUCCUGCUGCAGACACUUUUCUGAUCUUAUAUAUUUUUUUCCCCUGCCAGAGAUAAUGAAUGCAAAAAGAUGGUGAAUCGAUUGAUUCCGGGUGAGAAGCCUGGAAUAUAUACAAAAGGUAACUUCAAGUGGCUCAUUCCUCCCUUAGGCUGGAGGGAAUUUAUAAUAUUUUACCCACCUCCAUGGGAAACCAAUCUGUUCUCAAACCACCUCUGCUCUCUCUACCUCCCUCCCCACCAGUUAGGGCUUCCUAAUGGGGGCUUAAUAUUGCAACUCGGUCCUUGAGAUAAUCACAGAUAGGUUGUUGGCAAGAGACUUUUUAAACUUUGGAUUCCUCUGAGAAGUGAUAAAUACGGAUUCAGUGAGGGGAGGGGAUAUGGGUUGUCAGCAUUUUGAUUCCAGUAACAUUUUGAGGAUGCUGCAAAAAGUGAUAAAACGUUUAAAAACUAAAACCAAACCAAACAUGGCAUGAUGAAGUCUUUGCCCAUAUACAGGGAGGGGGGUGGUAGCAGUGGUAGUAGAAUCAGUUCUUCAUGGGACCGUCCUACUCCAAAGGAUAUAAGGUAGGAGAGGCAUCCAGCGCAGCUAGACAUCUUGAAUGCCCUUCUUGAGGCCCAUGCUUUAAAUGGCUGCCUCUGGACAUUCAAAUGGGUCAGGUUAUUUAUUGUAUUACACUGUUUAAAAUGAACAUCGUUCAAUACAGUUUUGAAAAAUCAAAUGAAGCUAUGCCCUUUUGUUCUUCUGAAGCAUGAAACAACGUAGUCAAGGAGAUCCCAGUUAUUCAUGUAUAUUAUUCAUCUUGCAUGCAGUCUUGUUUUGCCUACUUUUAAAUAACUUCUUGUACAAUUUUCAUUGUUUAGAGGGUUCCUGUACAAACCCCCCCCCCCGCUUCUGGUACUUUUCUCCUUUGUUUUGGAAGAGUUAGCUGGGCAACAUACAAAUGUCCUUACUUGUUUUUCACUUGGGCAUAUAUAUAUGCACCCUUAAAGGAUAUUUUUUGUGUUUCUUUUUCACAUCUAGGGCAGAGCACCUUAUAUUUCGUGAAAGCAGAUUACAGCCGUUAUCACAUGGUUUUCGUUGACACAACAAUAAUGAAGGCCCUUCAUCUUUAUAGUAUGUGCCAUUGUGGAUGGGGGGGAGUGCACUGGUGUGUGUGUUUGCAAGGAGUGUGUGCUAUUGGAUGUGUCAGGUAUACCUGCCAACUAAAAAUAUAGAAAGACAGUGGUUAUUUUUCUUUAGACCCACCAGAAAUGUUCCACUCACUGAAGUGCAAUCUGAACUGGAAAUGAAGUUGUUGGGGAGAGGAAAAUAUGUCUCUUUCUUCAUUUCCACUUAAAUCAUCUUCUCCCAAGUUCUUCUUUAGAAAGAAAAAUGGCAGCAUUUGGUUUUGUAACAUUCAUUUGAAUGAACUGUAUGAGCUAAAACCUAAGAAAAUGGAACUUGCUUGAAGUCGUGGCGCUAAUGCAGUGCUUCAGCUAGUACUGCUCUUAGUCCUCAUUGUUACAAAACAUUCUCCAUAGUUCAGUUGGUUAGAGUGUGGUGAUGAUAAUGCCAAGGUUGUAGGUUUGAUGCCCUUAUGGGACAGCUGCUUAUUCCUGCAUUGCAGGGGGUAGGACGAGAUGAUCCCCAGGGUCCCUUCCAACCUGACAGUUCUAGGAUUCUAUGACCUCUGGAGAAAAAUGACAUGGAGAACAUAGCCAAAGUUUUUGAGCAGAUCCAGGACUUAAGAUGGACUGAGCAUCAUCUUGAAUCAAUGUGAACUGUAGAGGCUUGGACACUGCUGCAUUAUAAAAGAACUUUAGAUCACUUUUCUCAAAUUCUGAAUAUUCAGCAGCAUAAUACAUUAUAUGAAUUGGCUUCAUGCACAAGCAGAAGCCAUUCAUAAACUAUAUGCCACUGAAGAUUUUAUGAAUUAAAAUGCAUCUGACCUGUUUUCAGAAAUAUGUCUGCUCCACAUUAUCUGCAUCACCUGGAUUUCAAGGUUGUGAGCAACCCUUUGUAUUUUAGUGCUGUGGUACAGUUAGCAUUUGAAAGAUAUAUUCAGCCAGCACAGCUAGAUAUUUUAGAACAGAUUUAUGCGCUAUUAUACAUUGUGUCUGCAUUGUUAUGGUAGGUUAAAUGGUACUUUCUAUUGGCCUGUUCCCCUUUUAAGGCUGUCCAUGUUCCCCUUUUAAAGCUGUCCAUCCUUUUGGUGGAUGCGGGUGGUGCUGUGGGUUAAACCACAGAGGCUAGGGCUUGCUGAUCAGAAGGUUGGUGGUUCGAAUCCCCGUGACGGGAUGAGCUCCCAUUAUUCAGUCCCAGAUCCUGCCAAACUAGCAGUUUGAGAGCACGAAGUGCAAGUAGAUAAAUAGGUACAGCUGCAGCGGGAAGGUAAACAGCAUUUCUGUGUGCUGCUCUGGUUCACCAGAAGUGGCUUAGUCAUGCUGGCCACAUGACCCGGAAGCUGUAUUCCUGUGCCCUUGGCCAAUAAUGUGAGAUGAGCGCCUCAACCCCAGAGUCAUCUGCAACUGGACCUAAUGGUCAGGGGUCCCUUUACUAUCCUUUUGGUGGCGAAUCCCAUGCGUUAAUUAAUUAAUUAAUUAAUUAUACCCUCACAUUUUUCCCUGACAGAGACUCAAGGUGGCUUACAAAUUAAAAAUAAGAAAAAACAUAGAAAAAGCCAUCAUUAAAAACAAUUAAGCAUUGAUAGAAUUAAAACAUGAAAGACUACUUAUAAAAACAGGUCCCUGAAACUGGGAUUAUGGUAGAUACCAUUACAUUUUGUCAGACAUGUUUUCUGCAUAAAGGCAUACUCUUUUACCCUAGGAAUGUUUCCAGUAUCCAUUCAUUUAUGGUAGGUCAUAAUAAUACUACUCACAAAAAUAAAUGAUUGGUUUCAGGAUUAUGCAGGUUUUGUGUACUCAAACCAAGGUUAUAACAGAUUAACAUUGAAGGAUAAAUAACCUAAAUGGCUUUCUGUGAGCUUUGUUCAGAAAGUUGCAUGUUAUGAAGCUCAUUAGAUUCUCACUAAGUUUGUUAAAUAUUUAUUAAUCUUUCACUCAAUCAUGAUAGCAGCAAAUAAGGCUUUAUCUUAUACCUCUUUAACUAUGUGCACCCAACCCAAAAUAUGUCUGUUCCUUCCCCCUCUCUUUCCUCAUCCUAAUUCUUAAUGUGACAUCUUUUUGGGGUCUGAAGUUAGGGAACCAGAACCAUCAGCUGACAUAAUAGACAUAUACAAGGCUGUCGCCAAAUCCCUGGAUUUGCCAGCGGACAAGAUUAUCUAUCUACACAGAUCUGGUAAGAGUAGUUGUCAUCUUAUGACCUAUUAUUUCUCAAUUUGGGGUAAAUAAUGGUGAAGUUUCUCUUUCUUUCUUUCUUUCUUUCUUUCUUUCUUUCUUUCUUUCUUUCUCUCUCUCUCUCUCUCUCUCUGUUCCUUCCUUCCUUCCUUCCUUCCUUCCUUCCUUCCUUCUUUCCUUCCUUCCUUCUCUUUCUAAAAAUGGAACACAAAUUAGAUUAAGUUAAGGAACAUUGCAUUAAACAACAUAUGUAAAAACAGCCAAACAGCCAAAUAAAAGAAAGGCAGAUAAAAAUAUAUACUGUAUUUUUAAAAAUAUUCAAUUGCAUCAGCCAUCACCUGAUCAAGAGUAGUAUGUCUAAUGGAACAGGUGAAUCCAAAUAGCCCUGAUAGAAGCAACUGGUGAUGGAUCCAGGGAGAUCUGUCCAGCAGGGCAUUCCACAGUCAGGCUACUUGAAUAUAAAAGACCCGCCUCCUUUACCUCAAUCAGGCAUUGUCCCUAUUAGCUAGUUACCAGGUUUCUGCCCCCUGGUCCCAAUUCCACAUCUUCCUAUGAGACAUUAUCUUUUUUUCUUCCACAGAUCCAUGCCCAGAUGCAUGAGUUAAAUCCUGGAACCUGGGGUUGUGUGUGACUGCAAAUAUGGCUCAAAUUUGUAAAACCAUCCCAUUUGGAUAGAAAAUCAACUGGAUCACAUCCCUAGAGAUGUAACAAAAUGAACCAGGCAGAAGAGUCGGUGGAAGAAGAAUGGAAGAAAUUUAAAGAUUACUUACAGAAAUAUUGUAAAAUUAAUGAAUGUUAGAAUGAUGACGGAUUGAAGUUAAGUGGUUUAAUGUGGUAAUGGUAUAAAAGAAUAUGGAAAAAUUGGUUUUUAAUAUCUAAAAAAAUUAAUGUUAUAAUAUAUCAAGAUUAAAGAUCAGAAUUAAAAAGGAGGGAAAGGAAUCGCUGAACUAACAAAUUGAAUUAGAAUACAAAAGAGGGAGGUAUGAGGAGGUCCAGGAAACAAGUAAAUGUAAAAGAAGUGAUGAAAAGAUGGAAUUGUUUUUAAGUGCUUUUUCUUUUUUGUAUUUUGUAUUUUUCCUUUUUAUUGUUAAUUUUCUUAUUAAUGUGAUCUUUUUCUUUUGAAAUUUUAAUAAAUAUCAUUAAAAAAAAAAGAGAUGUAACAAAAUGGUGUAUCAAUGCCACUGUCAGUCAUUUAAUUGUAUUGAAAACCCAUCAAAACCAAUUAAAACCAUCAAAGACAAAAAUGUGUUCAAUUUUAUUUUAAUCUAUUUAUUUUUAAUUGGCAAAUUUAUAUGCCGUCUUUCAUGACACUGCAAGACAGU